AUUGAAAAAUUCAGAGUGAGAGGCAAGCAACCCCCCUUGGUCAACAGGCUCACAACGCUGUACACACCCAAAGUAAGCCUCACAAGGCGUCUCCAGAGGCAUCCAAAGUGGACUCUGAAGACUUGGGGCGUCGUCCAAUCACAAGGUUCACCCCGGGACAAGCCUCGUCGACCAAUCACGCAUCAAUUGAGAGAGGUUGCAGACGUCUUCCCGAGACCGACGUCGGAAGAUUCUGUGAUACCUUUGAAGACGAGGGACCGACGCACAUUCUGAGCUUCCAGCUGUCAACAGUCUGGGGCAUCAGUCUGGGCAUAGCUUGCAACCAGUGACUGAGCAUCAUAUUCUCCCUCCUCGGCCCCCCCUCUUAACGUUUCGCCCGACAUGGCUUCCGCCGCUUAUGCCAACAUCAAACUCUUCUCUGGCAACUCUCAUCCUGAGCUCGCAGCACUCAUUGCCAAGAGACUGCACAUCCCACUUGCUCGUGCGACCGUCGUGCAACCUGGAUCAGGAGAGACCAAAGUCACCAUUACGGAGAGUGUAAGAGACUUUGAUGUCUACAUUCUGAAUACGUGUGCCGGUGAAGUCAACACAUCAUUGAUGGAACUGUGCAUCAUGAUUCAUGCGUGCAAGAUUGCGUCUGCUCGACGAAUAACCGCCAUUAUACCUCAUUUCUUCUACGCUCGACAGGACAAGAAAGACAAAUCAAGAGCACCAAUCACUGCGAAAUUAGUUGCAAACAUGCUGAGAGAAGCAGGCUGUGAUCAUGUCAUCACCAUGGACCUGCACGCUUCUCAGAUUCAGGGAUUCUUCGACGUCCCGGUAGACAACCUUUACGCUGAACCCCUGAUGGUCGACUACAUUCGGAAUCACUUUGACGAUGUUCGGGAUGUGGUCAUUGUAUCACCGGAUGCGGGCGGUGCCAAGCGCGCCACGAACAUUGCCGACAAGCUCAACGUCGAUUUUGCCCUGUUUCAUAAGGAGCGUAAAAGAGCCAAUGAAGUAUCUCGGAUGGUCCUCGUCGGGUCCGUCAAAGAUAAGGUUGCGAUCCUUGUCGAUGACAUGGCCGACACGUGCGGGACAAUGGGAUUAGCAGCUAGGAAUCUAAUCGAAUCGGGAGCCAAGAAGGUCUACUCAUUCGCCACCCAUGGUAUUCUCUCUGGACCAGCUAUAAAAGUCAUCAAUGAAAGUGGGAUGGAGAAAUUGGUCGUGACGAAUACUAUCCCUCUCGCGGAUCGCGCAGCCGAAUGUAGCAAGAUUGAACAGAUUGACGUCAGUCAUGUGUUGGCAGAGACUAUCCGGAGAAGUCAUUUUGGAGAGUCAGUGUCCUAUCUGUUCCACGAAGUGCCUUAUUCAAACGGGAGAUGAUAGGGGAAGGGAACCGAGACACAGCCGUAGAGAUCAGCAAUACCAGAAACUCUUGUACCAUUUUACUGUCAUGCAAUAUGCUUAGUCCGAG